AUGGCCGGCCUAGCGCUCCUCGUUGUGCUAUGCGCCAUCAUGGCAGUCGCCUCCUUUUUGGCCGGCGCAGUGCCGCUGUCAAUGAACCUGUCGCAGUCUCAGCUGCGCUUGAUCUCGAGCAUCGGUGUCGGCGUCCUUGUCGGCACGUCGCUGAUCAUCAUCAUCCCGGAAGGCAUCGAAGCCGCCUCGACCACGCCGAUUGCCGCACACGACCCCAAGACUAGCCAGCUGCUGCGUCGCCUACCCCGUGCCCUCGCCAUCGAAGCGCGCAGCAUUCUAGCGUACGCCGCCUCAGCGGAAACCCUCGCGACGAACGAUUGGUACAACAAGGAAGCAGGUGAUAUUGUGCGCCGAGCGGCCACCCGGGCCAACGAGGAGACAAGCUCGCCCCCGUCCCAGGAGACACCCGGGUCUGCGGAUUCCGGCACCGACGAACACGGCACGCACGCGGGCGGCGAAGAGACGCACCGUGAUAUCCCGACGCUCGAGAUCGGCCUGUCCAUGGUCCUCGGCUUCAUCCUCAUGUUCCUCAUCGACCGGCUGCCGCAGCACGCCAGCGACAGCCUGCAGUCGGCGCGCCCGCAGACGCAGCACAUCAGCAUGGACAACCUCGGCGGCGAUCGGGCCUCGGUGGAGGACGAGGAACGCGGCUUCCUGGGCAGCUUUUCCCUACGUGAGGCGCCCCGGGUGGCGCGCAGCAUGGCCACGACGAUUGGGCUGGUCAUUCACGCCGCGGCCGACGGCAUCGCCAUGGGCGCGUCGGCCGCCUCGUCGAGCAUGAAGCUCGGCUUCAUCAUCUUCCUCGCCAUCAUGAUCCACAAGGCGCCCGCCGCGUUUGGCCUCACCUCGGUGCUGCUGCGGCAGGGCCUGUCGAAGCGCGCAGCCAAGGCGCACCUGCUGGUCUUUAGCCUGGCGGCGCCCGCCGGCGCACUCACGACGUACCUGCUCGUCUGGCUGCUGGGCGGCGGCAACAUGGACGAGAGCGCGGGCCACUGGUGGACGGGCAUGCUUCUGCUCUUCUCGGGCGGCACGUUUUUAUAUGUUGCCAUGCAUGCCAUGGAGGAGAAUGGCGCGAGCCACGGCCACGACCACGGCCCGCCGUCGAAUGGCUACAUGGAGACGAGUACCAACAAUCCGGCCAAGGCCAGUGGACCGGCGCUGCGGGACACGCUCGCGACAACGGCAGGCAUGCUGCUGCCGCUUUUGACGCAGAUUGGAGGUCAUCACCACUGA